GUAGGAGUCCGUAAACUGGGGAAAACAGGACGACUUUUAUUUUGGAAACUACGUAAGCGGAAGUCGUAUUCCUGCUACUCUUAUGUCCCUGUCCAACAUGUCUCCCUCGCAGAGGAGUCUGUGUCAGUAGUGUGGGUUUUUUUCUCCGUGGAUCCUCCGCCGUGUGUCAGCGCUGGGCCAGCAGGUCGAGUCAGCCAGAACCGCAGCAGCAUCAUCAAUGGUGUGUUUACAUCCGAGAGCCGUCACGUUCUGCUGUGCCCGCUCAAUGACCUCUGACCUAAUCAGCUGGCAUCACGGCUGCACCUGCAUGGCGUUUGCGAGGCUGGGAGGAGCGUUCUGCCAAGCUCAGCACCUGCUGCUCAUCGUGGACAAGUGAAGAGGAGGACACGCCGUCUCCCCCAGGUCCGACCCGCCGUCCUGUCAAAGACAUAUGAAGACGAGCCAAUCGUCAGCUUGUGCCGUGUUCUGGAGGCGGAGCUUCUGCUGCCAGCCAAUCCUUGCUGCUCCUUCUUCUCUCUAGAGGAAGAGGCCGAUCCAACGGCCAGUCCCUGUUGCCAACCGCUGACCGUCCUGCUGGUUCUGAUCUGGUUGCUGGUCUUGAUCCGCUGCUAGCAGCUAGUCGGUCCAGACGGUGAAGAUGAACCGCCCGGCGCCAGUGGAGAUCUCCUACGACUGUAUGCGUUUCCUCAUCACGCACAACCCCACCGACGCUCAGCUGGGGAAGUUCAUCGAGGAGCUGAAGGUGUACGGCGUCACCACCCUGGUGCGGGUCUGCUCUGCCACGUAUGACCGGGCGCCGCUGGGCCAGGAGGGCAUCCAGGUUCUGGAUUGGCCGUUCGAUGAUGGCUCCGCCCCCCCAGAGCAAGUGGUUGAUGAUUGGCUGAACCUGCUGCAGGUGAAGUUCAAGGAGGAGCCGGGCGGCUGCGUGGCGGUGCACUGCGUGGCCGGACUGGGCCGCGCUCCGGUUCUGGUGGCUCUGGCGCUGAUCGAGUGUGGGAUGGAGUACGAAGACGCGGUCCACCUCAUCAGGCAGAAGCGGCGCGGCGCGCUGAACGCCAAGCAGCUGCACUUCCUGGAGAACUACCGACCCAAACUCUGCCUGCGCUCCAAGGACGCCAACGGCCAGAGCUGCUGCUUGCAGUAGGCCCAACGGAACCGGGUCGGCAGAACCCUCUUCCUAGAAACCAGUUUUGAUUCAUUUCUCAUGCAGUUCAGACCUGGUUCUGAUCCGUUCGUCCUCACAGGUCUCCACCACCCUCUGUCUGCUCCUACAGCCCCCCUGCUGCUCAGUUUGACCUUUGACCCCUCUUCAUUCCUCUGGUUCUGAUCCAGAAAAACCCAGAAAUGUUGAAUAAAGUUGUUUAUGAUGAAACUUUUCUAGUGAUCCGUCCAGAACCUCCAGAACCCGCCCACAGGUCACCACAGCCAGUUGCCGCUUUUUCCACAGAAAGUCCAACUUCCUGUGAAAGAAUUUAAUAUUGACCUUCAAAAUAAAGUUACAAGCUAAAUA